AUGACGGACAGCCCGACGCCCUCGCCUCCCCAGGGCAGCUUCCCAGCCCGACGCCCUCGCCUCCCCAGGGCAGCUUCCCAGCCCGACCCUCGACGCCUCUCCCCAGGCAGCUUCCCAGCCCGACGCCCUCGCCUCCCCAGGGCAGCUUCCUUCCCCGCAGCUCAGCAGGGCAGCUCCCAGCCCGACGCCUCGCCUCCCCGCAGCUCUCGCCUUCCCCAGCCCGACGCCCUCGCCUCCCCAGGGCAGCUCCCCAGCCCGACGCCCUCGCCUCCCCAGGGCAGCUCCCCAGCCCGAGCCUCCCCAGCUUCCCAGCCCGACGCCCUCGCCUCCCCAGGGCAGCUCCAGCCCCGGCGCCCUCGCCUUUUCCCCCAGCCCGACGCCCUCGCCUCCCCAGGGCCCCCAGCCCACCCGAGGCCCAUGGCGACGCAGCUUCCCCCCCAGCUCAGCCUCCCCAGGCAGCUUCCCAGCCGACGCGCCUCUCCCCAGGGGCAGCUUCCCAGCCCGACCUCGCCUCCCCAGGGCACCAGCCCGAGCCCGCACGACGCCUCCCCAGGGCAGGCCCACCCCAGCUUCCCAGCCCGACGCCCUCGCCUCCCCAGGGCAGCUUCCCAGCCCGACGCCCUCGCCUCCCCAGGGCAGCUUCCCGGCGAGAGCGCUUCUUUCGCCUCCAAGCGAGCGGCCGAGGGGGCGGAGGGGCCGCGUCUGCGCGCACGCACGUUGCCUCACUCCACAUUUCGCCUUUUUGUUCGCGAGGAAGCUUCUUUUGGCGCCGGGAUUUUUAGCUACUGCUGCUGA